AUGUAUGUAUCUGAAGAAGCAUUCAAGCGACUCCGAGGCGCAUAUCAAAGGCAUCGGUUAUCCUCCGUGGUUCUCGAGAAGAUGAAAUCGAGGCUUCCGUUGAGACAACUCUGUUACCUCUUAUGCCGAGACGGAUUACGCACGCGACGUGUCCCUAGAAGAAGGAUGCGUUCCUCUCGGCAUGGUGCAAUGAGAGAGAGGAAAGAGGAACAGCUGAUUUGUAAGGAUAUAAUUGCUUCAGCGCAAUCUAUCAGUUUGGUGAUGUUUGUUGUGCUCAUCGAUGUUGUUCGCAGCAGCAAGUUUGCACCAGUAGCACCCGGACCUAGGCUCAGCAGGAAGCGGAGUAAAUCUGCAUUUGGGGAAACCAGUUUGACUAGGACGCCAUCUCGAAGAGUCAGAAGGAGAAUGCGCAGAGGCAGUGAUUUAGUUCUCCAGACCAGAUCGAAAGAUGAUCGACGGGUCGGGAUUGGCAUGACGGAUCAGAACCGUCCUGAUCAGGCAUUUACGUUCGGAGUCGCCGCGUUAGCCAGUCCACGGGCCCACCGACAUUACUCCGACGCCCCUGGAUAUCACCAGGCUCAAAGGAACGCUGCUGCGAACUGA